AUGGCUUAAAAAUCUCAAAAUACUUCUCAAUUUGAGGAUGAAUUAUCUUAGAAAGUUUAUGAAUAUAAUGAUUCUCCUUCAUAAGAUUUAUAAAAGUUGAUUAAAAAUACCCAUAAAAAAAUCAAAAAGCCCUCAGCAAAAAGAAAGUCCUGUAAUUGGGGCUCAGGAAGGCCAUCUAAAAACCACAAAGCUGGUUCAGAUAUCCAAAAAAAUUAAUUAUUAUUGAAAGAAGUCCUUUCAAAUUUAUGGUUUGGUACAGAUAUCUCAUUGCAAUUAAUCACCUAUCUAUGUAAAAUGGGAAACAUGAUACCUAAGGUUGUGACAGGUAUACCAGCAUCCAAAAACAAGAAAGAUUUUAUGAAAUAUGACAUCAACACUAAUAGGGAUGUUAAGACUUAUUAGAGUCAUUAGGAAAAAAAAAAAUAUUCUAAUUCACUUAAAAAGGACCUUAAAGACAAGCACAAGAUGUUACUUGAGUAUCUACAAUAUUCAGAAGAAACUACUUAUUUGUUUUUGGGAGACAAUAGAAAUUGUGAAGAUAAAUUAUAUCUUGACGAUUAUAUAAUGGAAAAGGAAUCUAAAAUUGGGUUGGAAGUUGUAAUCAAGAACCUGUCACCAAAGUUUGUCUACACAUACAAAUUUAUAGUUCAAGAAUACUAUUAAAAUAACAAUGUCAAUUUUGAAACUUUGGUGGACAAUAUUUUGAACAAUCUGAAAACAAACCAACAAAAUCAUAAAAUGAUCUUUGACAGAUAAUUGAUUUAUGAAUUAACAAAGGAUGAUAUUAAUCUGAUCAAUGAAAUUGAAUCCAAACCAUCCAUGGCUGAUUUUCACAUGUACCAAAAUACAAGUAUUAGAAAACUAAAUUUUUGUUCUAAUACAUUUAAUGAUGAAGUAGAAGAGAUUAAUAGAAUGUCAUCAUGGAUUCGAUAAUUUAUAAGUGGGUUUAUUGAAAUUUUGUAGAACUGUGAUAAAAUUACUUAAGCCAAUAAAACACUUGGCAAAUGA